AUGGCGUCGCCUUCGCUUACGGACUUGGAGCAGCGGAAUCGGCUCCCGACUCUCUUUGAAGUCCUCAGCCGUCGUACACUAGCUCCUGUCGAUCUUUUUUCGUUUUACAUUUACAUGCGGGACCAGCAGCGCUCGGUCGAUUAUUUGGACUUUUGGCUCGAUGUUUCGCAACAUAUGUCUUUGUGUCGUCAUUAUGUCCGAGAGUUGCGCCGAUCUGUUCUAGUAGCUACUCCCGACUUGGAGAAAGCAGAUAGCAAAGGCUCCUCUGAUGCCUUAGGGAACCUCGAGACUUUUGGCGAUAUACCGCUGGUGGAAGCCGGACCCUCUGGUUUGCGACACGGCAACCAUGACUUGGAUGAUCAGGACGCCGAUCAAAGAUUAUCGGCAUUCCUGCGCGCUGAUGGUCAUAACCCAGGGCACUCGCCCCAAGACAGCCUUGGCUCACAGAAUGCCGCCCGCACACCAUCUAAUGAACAGCCACCUCGCCCAAGCUCUGGAACGCGGAACGAUUCUACUUCGCCUGGCCAUACUGUGGCACGGGCCGACAUUCGUGCAAGUGCAGAGAAGAUUCUGUAUACAUACCUGCUUCCUGGCGCAGAAAGAGAAAUCGUACUGCCGGAGGAUAUGGUAUCUACGAUCAUCAAUUUGGUUGAGGAUGACGGCCGAGAUGACCCAGAAGUCUUUGAUCCCGCCAAAGACUAUGUUUUCCAGGCCAUGGAGCGCGAUGCAUUCCCAGGGUUUUUGCAGGCGAAGGCCCUGGGUAACCUUGUCCCGCUGAGUACAAUUGCCCGUCUCGCCUUUGCGCUGAUAAGCUUUGGUGGCGGGUUUUGGGGUGCCUUCUACGUUGUCCUCCGCGACAAGCCAAGGCACAUCCGUUGUUGGGUAUGUUGUAGUGGUUUGCCCGGUUUUUGCUGCGCUUCGACACUAACAAUCAUGCAGUUGAUACUACCGUUUAUUGUCGCAUCCUAUUUUAUUGUCUCAUAUCAAUAUAAGAUCGACCCUGUCAUGGCAUUUCUCGGAUACAGUGAAUAUACCUUUAUGAACUGGUCGCCGAUCCGCGAACCUUACGUGCGAAAGCUGUUGAACAAACGCGCCACGGCAACUAUUUUAAUCGCUGCAUUCGUCGCCACCGCGCUCAGUGUCCUGUUCAUCUUUGUUCCUGGUACUAUGCUCUGA